AUGGCAAAUUCUACCUCCUCUAGGGAGAAGAGGCGGCCCAUCGUGGAGUCGGACGGAGACCCGCUAAACUCCUCCUGGCAAAUGUGGUCCUCACAAGCCUGGACCAGGGCAUCUGGCAGGUCCUACCCCAGCAAGAGCGACUUGUCUGAUUCUUUCGAUUCCUCCGCCCGUGAGCCUCCCCUGCCUGCCCAGCCGCCCGUCGGGGACGUUCCCCGCAGCUCGGAGAACCAAGAGGCCUCUCCCUUGAAGCCCGUCAGGCGUUUUAUCCCGCGGUCGUGGAAGAACUUUUUCCAAAGAUGGAGGCGAGAGCCCGAGCCGUUCCUGCCGCUGGCCUAUGCCGCCGCCCAGUGCUCCCCACCCGUAAGUCCGUUGUUAGAUCGCCACGGGCCAGCCCGCGAGGGCAGCUCCAGCAGCGGUUUCCAGGAACCCUCCUGGUCCAGCCCCUCUGAGUGUCACCAGGAGACAGAGAUGUCUCCCCCCAAGAGCCAGCAGGGCCAACCCGCCUUGCCGAGCUACGAGGAGAAGCUGGAGGCCUACAACCUCAAGUACUCCUACAUGAAGUCCUGGCCAGGCCUGCUCAGGCUGAUGGCCGGGCUGGAGCUGCUCCUUGGCGGCAUGGUCUUUGCCUGUGUCUGUGCCUACAUCCAGAAGGACUACCAGUGGUACAACCUGUACGGCGGGAACCUGCUGUCAGACGGCCUUUUGGGGGGAGGCUAUGGGUACAAUUAUUACGGCCCCAUGACCCCCUUUGUGCUGGUGGUGGCCAGCCUGGCGUGGCUGGUCACGGUGAUCCUCUUGGGGCUGGGGGUCACCAUGUACUAUAGGACCAUCCUCCUAGACUCCCACUGGUGGCCCCUGACGGAGUUUGCCCUCAACAUCAUCAUGUUCCUCCUCUACAUGGGGGCGGCCAUCGCCUACGUCAACGACGUGAACCGCGGCGGCCUCUGCUACUCCCUGUUCGCCAGCAACCCACUCGUAGCCGCCUUCUGCCGAGUGGAAGGGGGCCAGGUGGCGGCUCUCGCCUUCCUCUUCAUCACCACCCUGCUCUACCUGGCCGGGGCGCUGGUGUGUCUGAAGAUGUGGAGGCACGAGAUGGCGAGGAAACAGCGGGAGGCCUUUGAAGUGCUACACAAUCCCAUCCUCCUGCAAGCCAGACCCAAGCGGAUCUUCUUCCAGGACGAGGUGAUGCCAUCCGGGAGCCUCCCAGGGAAGGUCACCAAACAGCUGGGGUUCUCCGAGAAGGGCGAGGCGUCGGGGGCCUUGAGUUGCUCCAUCCCAACGGGGCACACCCCAAAGCCACACAUCGUCCCCGACUAUGUUGUGAAGUACCCGGGGAUCUGCUGCCCCGAGGAGAGAGAGAAGUACAAGGCCGUCUUCAACGACCAGUACGCGGAGUACAAGGAGCUCUACCACGAGGUCCAUGCGGCGCUGCAGAAGUUCAAGGAGCUGGACGCCAUGAUGAGCCGGCUGCCGCAUCGCACGCCCAGCAAGAAGGAACAGAGCCGGGUCUCCAACAUCUGGAAGGAAUACAAGAAGAAAAAGAGGGACCCCGCCUUCCUGGAGAAGCAGGAGCGCUGCGACUACCUGAAGAAGAAGCUCGCGCACAUCAAGGCUCAGAUCCAGGAGUACGACCGGACGGCCAAGGAGGGCUCCAUGUACUUCUGA